UCAAAGCUCCUUAGCACCCAUUUCUUCUCUUUCUCUCUCUAGCAUUUUACUGCUAUUUGUACUGUUAUCUGUGUGUGUGUGUGUGCUUCUCUUGCUCUGUUUCGUGUGGAAAAGAUUUCUGUGUUGGAGAAAUGUAUGCAGAGACUGGUCUUCUCUUCCCUUAUUCGCACAGCUUCUCUCAAGAGCUUCAUCAACUUGAAGAGUACUGCGAAACCCAGAAGUUCAAUGUUUCAAUGAGUGACCUUGUUCAGUCUUCUGCCAUGUCAGAGUAUGAUUUGGCAGCAGAGGGAGAUUUGUUCAAAGCACCUGAACCUAUUAUUGAAGAGCCAGUCGUGGACGUGGAUCCCAUGACAGCAGCCAUCUCGAUGAUAUCUUGUGGGGAAGAUGUCUCAUCACAGGGACUAAAAUCCACAGAUAUUGAUAUUCUUCAAAAUGAACAGCUUCUGAGCGAGGUAUUCUAUGAGUGCAAAAAGGAUCUCUUAGAAAAGGCGGCAAUAGAGUCACCACUCUCUGAGAUUCUGGAUAUCAAGGUUCCUGUUCUGAACAUAGAUGAGAACUCAAUUCAAGAAAACAAGCCACUUCCUGACAUGCCAAAGAGCAUCAGUUCGGGAAGUUUAAGCUCAAUGGACUGGAUGCAUGGAGCUGCAAUGAAUCCUGCUUUCCUUGAUAUCCCGGGAAUAGAUUUCAAUGCAGUUUAUGGCAUGCGUAGAUCAUUUAGUGAAGGAGAUAUAAAGACUCUUGGUAAUGGUAACAUGAACAUUGUCCAAUCUCCCCAUGAGAGGCCCUUUCCUAUCUGCAACUGCACCAGUGAAGAACGCCAAGAAAAGCUCUCCAGAUACAGGAAUAAGAAGACAAAGAGGAAUUUUGGGAGGAAAAUCAAGUAUGCUUGCAGGAAGGCUCUUGCUGACAGUCAACCAAGAAUCCGUGGAAGAUUUGCAAAGACUGAAGAAUCUGAUGCUAAGAGGCAAUGACUCUUAACUGAUUUAAUGGGAAGAAAGUAGGAAUCAUGUUGCCAUAUCUGAGAUUCAAGCUCAGCAGUAAUGUGUGCUUGGAAUUUAUGUAAUUGGUGGAGUUAUUUGAGUUCAACAGAUAUUGGCAAAAUAUAAACCAGACCUCAAACUCCUCAGGGUAGAGUUCAUCUCUUAUCUUUCUGUAUUAACCUUCUCUGUUGUGGCAAAUAACCUUUCUAUAUGUGUAAAUAGGUUGGUUGAAUAAAAGAAGGAAAAAGAGAUGGCUGUACCGUGUUCAUAUCUAUGAUGA